CCCAUCCACAAUUGCAAGCUGCAUGGCAGAAGAGUCAGAACAUCCUCCACAGUUGUAUGACUGUUGGAGGCCAACAGGUCAUACAAGGGGCGUCGUCUAGUCAACUUCUAUCUCAAGAAGACUACGUCCCUUCCCAGGCCACACAGCUCUGGUGGAAUGCCUACUGGAGCAUGCGCCCCGGUGAAAAAGCGGGUUGUACAUGGGACAUGUUCAAGGAGCUAGUCCGCAAUAAGUACUACCCUUCCUACUAUCGGGCAGAGAUGGAGCGUCAGUUCUUAGCGCUUCAGCAGGGCACUCGUACUGUUGAUGAGUACGAGCGAGAGUUCACUAGACUUGCAGCUUUCGCACCAGACUUGGUUCGCACGGAGGCUCAGAGAGCGCAGCGGUUCAUCGACGGGCUUUUCCCAGCAGUCCGUCACAACAUCGUGGGACACGGGACUCAGACCUACGCUCGUGCAGUUUCUAUCGCCCAGGAGGUGGACGCUAGCAUCCGGAGAGAGACCGUUCGUGAUCGUGCCCAGCCAUCCGCCCCAGUUCAGCCACUUGCAGCUCCACCAGCUCUACCAGCCCCUCAGCCGGCAAAGGAGAAGAAGAGGAAGGGGAAGGGUGCACAGACUGACCGGAGGACCCGACAGAGACAGCAGCCGAUUCCACCGUGCCCGACUUGUGGUCGACUUCAUCGAGAACAGUGCCAUGUGGGACAGGACAUCUGCUACUACUGCCACGAGCCUGGACACUUUGCGAGUCGCUGCCAGAAGAGACUCCAGCAGCAGCCUCAGCAGCCUCAGCAGCCACCACAGCAGCAACAGCCACGUCAGCAGGCACAGAGGCCGCCUCAGCAGCAGCAGCAGAGGGGCAGACAGCAGGCCAGGGUUUACGCAGUUGAUCAGGCCGAGGCAGCACAGCAACCAGGUACCAUGUCAGGGAUGGUUGUUCUCAAUAAUAUUCCUGUGUUUGCUUUAUUCGAUACUAGAGCGACACAUACUUUCAUCUCACGACGAUGUCUCGAUGCCACCGGAGUUUACGCCGUUACCGCUGUCGAUCCUCUCGAGGUGAGUUUAGCCUCGGGACGAAAGAUAGUGACCUCAGCUAAAGCCUCAGAUCUUAGCCUUUCCAUCGGUGGCCGUGUAUUGACUGCCGACGCGUUUGUUCUCGAGAUGAAGGACUUCGAUCUUAUUCUCGGGAUGGAUUGGCUAUCCUUCUAUCAUGCAGAUAUCAGGUGUCAUGACCGGGAGAUCACUCUCUAUCUUCCGGGAGAUGAGUCGAUUACCUUCUUCGGCUCCAGGAAUCGUUCACUGCCUCAUGUUGUUUCGAUGGCGAAAGCCACUAAGUUAUUGCGACGAGGCAACUGCCAGGGUUAUCUGGUUAGCCUUGUCGAUGAUUCUCAGAAAGCACGUUCACCUCAUGAUGUUCCAAUCGUUCGAGAGUUUGUGGACGUGUUCCCAGAUGAGCUUCCAGGAGGACCGCCCAACCGUCAGGUGGAUUUCUCUAUCGAUCUUAUUCCAGGGGCCGGUCCAGUAUCCAAAGCCCCAUAUCGUAUGGCGCCUAAAGAAUUACAGGAGCUGAAGACUCAGAUUCAAGAGCUAUUACGACUCGGUUUUAUCCGACCGAGCGUGUCACCGUGGGGAGCACCCGUUCUCUUUGUUAAGAAGAAGGACGGAUCUAUGCGUAUGUGUAUCGACUACCGGGAUCUUAACCGGUUGACGAUCAAGAAUAAGUAUUCGCUUCCCAGGAUCGACGACUUAUUUGAUCAGUUGAGGGGAGCCUGUGUAUUUUCAAAGAUUGAUUUACGAUCAGGCUACCACCAGCUGAAGAUUAAGGAGUCAGAUAUCGCUAAGACCGCUUUCAGGACUCGUUACGGCCAUUACGAGUUCGUCGUCAUGCCUUUCGGUCUCAGCAAUGCGCCAGCAGUUUUCAUGGACCUCAUGAACCGUAUUUUUCAUCCCUACCUCGAUCAGUUCGUUAUUGUCUUUAUUGACGAUAUCCUUAUCUACUCGAAGAGCCAGAAGGAGCACGAGGAGCAUCUGAGGGUGGUUCUUGAAACCCUCAGACGAGAAAAGUUGUAUGCAAAAUUCUCCAAAUGCGAGUUCUGGCUCCAGCGAGUAUCCUUUUUGGGUCAUUUGAUUACUCAGGCAGGUAUCGAGGUGGAUCCUUCUAAGGUCUCAGCCGUUCAGAACUGGUCGACACCGAGGAGUCCGUCAGAGGUUCGCAGUUUUCUCGGUCUAGCUGGUUACUAUCGCAGGUUUAUCGAGGGCUUUUCCAAGAUCGCCCUCCCUCUUUCCCAGCUGACGAGAAAGUCUGUGAACUUCGAGUGGACUGAUUGUUGUGAGGCGAGCUUUCAGGAGCUCAAGAGGAGGUUAACUUCAGCACCGGUGUUGACUAUUCCCGAUCCUUCUCGGAGUUUCACUAUCUUCAGCGAUGCUUCGAGACAGGGCUUGGGAUGUGUCCUUAUGCAGGACGGCCAGGUCGUUGCGUAUGCUUCACGUCAGCUUAAGCCACAUGAACAGAACUAUCCUACGCACGACUUAGAGUUAGCAGCAGUCGUUCAUGCUCUUAAGAUUUGGCGACAUUAUCUUUACGGCGGACGUUGCGAGAUUUUCACAGAUCAUAAGAGCCUGCAGUAUAUCUUCAUGCAGAAGGAGCUCAAUAUGAGACAGCGCCGUUGGCUCGAACUUGUCAAAGAUUACGACUGCUCUAUCCAGUAUCAUCCGGGAAAGACGAACGUCGUCGCGGACGCCCUUAGCCGAAAGGUGAAGGGUGACUUGACGUACGUCAUUACGCAGCAGAGUCCGUUGAUUCAUGAGUUUGCCCGGAUGCAGCUUCAGGCGAUCGAUGCGCUUCCCAUAGUCGCUUCUGACGAAUUCGUUCGUGUCAUGGAGGCCAAGGUUCGCGUCGGAGGCAUCGAGGAUUUUCAGCUAGGUGCCGAUGGUGCCAUAGAGUUCAGAGGAAGAAUCGUGGUUCCGAAGGUCGAGGCGUUGCGAAAGGAGAUUUUAUCAAAGGCACAUACCGCACCCUAUUUGGCCCAUCCCGGGAGCACGAAGAUGUAUCACGAUCUGAAAGGGUCGUUCUGGUGGCGAGGCAUGAAGAAGGACGUCACCGAGUUCGUCAAGAGAUGUCUUACCUGUCAACAAGUCAAGGCCGAACAUCAGAGUCCGAUCGGCCUCCUGCAGCCACUGCCGAUUCCGAGGUGGAAGUGGGAGGAAGUCACGAUGGAUUUCGUUACGGGAUUACCAAGGUCGUCUGAACAUCACGACGCUAUCUGGGUCGUGGUCGACAGAUUGACUAAGGUCGCUCAUUUCUUACCCGUUUCGAUGAAGAUGUCUCUGGAAAAGUUGGCUGAGAUAUAUACCCGUGGGAUCAUUCGACUCCACGGGUGCCCGUCACUAUUGUAUCAGACAGAGAUCCCAGAUUC